AUGGCGAGUAAGUUUGAGGAUGCUUCUUCUCCCAGGUAUACACUAAUGGCGAACCUCUCUAGAAUCCAAGAACUCGUCCCAGCACAACCAGUCGAAGAAGGCUCACCUAUCAAGAAGCCAAAGACCUCCAGAUACCCUUCCCUCAAGGGCACCGACCCCAAGUUCAGAAGAAACCACAAGCAUGCCCUGCACGGAACAAUGAAGGCACUGAAGGCGGCCAGAGAGGAAUCAGCAUAA